AUGUCGAGUGAAGGAAGUGCUGAUCAAAAUUUAUGUAUAACGGAUAAUACCUUGGGAGGCCAACAUGAAGUGGACGAGGUGAAGAUGAAUAAGAUGUACACAAAUGAUUCAUCUGUCUUAGCCAUAUCACUGCGAAGUUUGGAUGAUGACGAUUUCCGAAAUCUUUUGAAUACUGCCGCAAAACCGCAAUAUGGUAGCCUUCAAAGAAAAAGAAAGAAGUCGCAGAAAACAGCGGAAUACGGUGGUCGUCGCCUGAGUGAUGCGGGAGAAAGUACUGGGCUAUCAGAAGAAGCAGAUAAUUUAUUGGCACAAUUUCGACGUGAAGCAGAGCUGAGUCAACAAAAGGCGGAUAUUGGCUAG